GGCAUGGGUCGGGGCUGAAGUUGGAGGCAGCUGGCCGCAGACGCCCUUCACCCAGGCCCCUCUCCCAGGCCCCCUCCUGCCCUGCCGCCCACCCGGGGUCUGCCAUGUGGUCCCUGGCCACUGCGAUCGCCUUCCUGACCAUGGCCUUGUCAGGCGGCUUCUCUCAAGAGUAUUCCAAGAUUCUCAAAGGCACCAAUGGGACCAAAGGGUUUCUCCCCGGUGGCUACACCUGCCCCCCCCACUCUCAGCCCUGGCAGGCAGCCCUGAUGGUAGAGGGGCGGCUGCUCUGUGGAGGGGUCCUCAUCCACCCCAAAUGGGUCAUCACAGCAGCUCACUGUCUGAAGGAUGGGUACAGAGUUUACCUGGGCAAGCAUGCCCUGUGGCACCUGGAGUCCGGAGAGCAGGUGAGGGACGUAGUGCGCUCUAUCCCCCACCCUCAGUACCAGAGCAGCACCACACACCUGAACCAUGACCACGACAUCAUGCUUCUGGAGCUGCAGUCCCCCAUCCAGCUCACCAGCCGCGUCCGCACCCUGCCUCUCUUCCACAGUGACCUUCCCACUGGCACCUGCUGCCGGGUGUCUGGCUGGGGCACCACCACCAGUCCUGAGGUGAGUUACCCACAAACCUUGCAGUGUGCCAACAUCCAGCUACGCUCAGAUGAGGAGUGUCGUAAAGUCUACCCUGGCAGGAUCACACCCAACAUGCUGUGUGCGGGAACACAGGAGGGCGGCAAGGACUCCUGUGAGGGUGACUCCGGAGGCCCCCUGGUUUGUGACGGAACCCUCUAUGGCAUCAUCUCCUGGGGAGACUUCCCCUGCGGGCAGCCCAACCGGCCUGGCGUCUACACCCGAGUCUCUCAGUACACUUCCUGGAUCCAAAAAACGAUCCGAAAACAGACAACGCAGGAGGAGAAAUGGACAGAGGGCCUGCAAUAAAAGUCGGACUGACUGACCCACCUUCUUCCCCCGCUGGUGCCCUCCUUACUCAGCUUGCCCACCCAGCUCUGCCCCUCCCGGCCGGGUCCCCUCACACCGGCGAUCCGCGUUCUCCAAAGGCCCCAUCCCAGCUGACAUUCCGUGUUUCAAAAGCACUCAGUCACUGCCAGCAUCAUGUUCUGCCAAACGAUGUGCCCCUGAAACACCCCAGUGCCCUGAAUGUCCCAGCCCAGACACGUUCCGGAUCUCCCAACUGUUUCAACAUAAACCCAGAUCGCCAUCCAAAUGUUUUAUCUGUGAAGCCCUGAAAGAUCUCCAGCCCGUCCUAACAAGAUGCUAAGUUCCAUGAACACACCAUCCUUGAAAAUAUUCCAGACCCCUUCAGGUGUCUAGUCAUUGCCAGGGUUCUAGGUCCUUCUACAUGUUGGAUUCGGGAAGGCCCUAGGCUCCCAGGAUCCCAUGAUGUUUCACUCUGAAAGUAUUCUCUUCUGCCCUGCCAACAUGGUAGGUCCUUCUGAAUAUCACCACAGCCAACAUGGGGUCCUCAGAACGGUGCAUCCUUACAUAGUUCCGGGCUUCCCAAAUGACCCCUCCCUACGGAUACCUGGCCUCUGGCAAUACUGCCUGUCUCUGAAUUCCCAUGCCCACUCUAGAAUCAACAGUGAUGGGGCCUUCAGUAUCCCAAAGGGGCCUCCAUGCCUAGACCCUACUCUCCACUAAAUAUCUUGCCCCUCUCCAUCGACACUGGUUCAGUGCCCCGUGCUAUUGUGGCAUCUUUGCCCAUGACCCCAGAACACAAUGGUGAAAUGCUUAAGCCACUGUGGUCCCUCCUCUGAAUGAGUUAUAAAACUCACCAUGUCUCCUCAUCUGUAAAACGGGGCUCAUAAUUUCUGCUUAUUUAUUUUUAGAGAAGGGAGGGAGAAAGAGGGAGAGAAACAUUGAUGUGAUUGAUGUGUGAUAGAUACAUCGAUUGGUUGCCUCCCAUAUGCCCCCAACCGGGAAACUGGCCAGCAACCCAGGCAUGUGCCCUGACUGGGAAUCGAACCAGUGAAGUUUCAGUUUGCAGGCCAGCACUCAAUCCAAUGAGCCACAUCAGCCAGGGCUCAGAACUUUUCUUCAUAGCAUUGUUAUGCAGAUAAAGGUUGGCUUACCUCUUAUCUGGGUGGUUCUCUAUAAAAGAUUACCUUUGGGUGUCAAUAACAACCCCUUUGAAGAGUGUCAAAGGGUGUUGCACUUCCUUAUUUUUCUCAGCAAACAUUUAUUCAGGGUUGACAUGUGCAGGCACUAUCCUGAGUAUUGGCAAAUAUACUUUUGUUUAUUCAAAUGUUGGUACCUAUGAUAAGCCAGGCAUUUUUGUAGACACAGUGAUAAACAGUGAAUUAAACAGACAGAAACUUC